GGGUUCGGUGGUUGGCGGCACGGUAUAUAAGCUCGGCACAAAGCAGGUGUGGAUCACACUGCUCUGUCAUCAGACAUCACACCAACAGAAGAUGUUCACACAAAGACCAACCAACCUGGAGAGAGUCGCCCUCUCGGCAGUGGCAGUGCUGCUCCUCCUGACCACAACAGGACAAACUGCGAUUCUGACCGACAACCUCCAGACGACAGCAGCUUCUCUUCUUUCAAAUACAACCACACAGCUCAACACCAGCAGCGUGGAGCAUCCAAAGGUUCUGCGAACAUUCAAAUCAUGUGACAGCAAGGAUGAGAAAUACUGUGCGAACGGCGGCAAGUGCAUGUACCCCCAAGACAGCGACAAACCUUUUUGCAUCUGCUCGUCCUCGUACAGCGGCCCUCGCUGCCACUUCUUCAGUGACACAACUCACACGCUACCCGAGUUUGAGCAGCUGAUCGGCAUCAUCGUCGGGGUCGCCGUGCUCUUCUUGAUCCUGGCCAUCGUGAUUUACUGCUUUAUCAACAGGAGGUGUAUGAAAUCAGCCCCACUUAUAAAAUAUGCACCCUCUGAAACGUCAGUGUGAUCCCUGACAGUCCCUGUUCCUCCUCCUCCUCAUCUUCACCAUCUUCAUCACUCCUUCAGCGCAGACACACAAAGCACUUGUGAUUCCCUACAAGAUUUGUGUACUUUAUGUAACUGUGCUAUUUGACAAGCAAAAAGAAAAGAUCUAUUUAUUUCGUCAUACUAAAUGAUGUCAGACCUCGUUGAGACUUUUUCUAUUUCUCAAACAGGGUCAGAUAUUAUUCAUUCCAUUGUCCUUAAAAACAGAGUGUGAAAAAUGAUUUGUAUUUAUUGUACUAUAUAAUUUAACUUAUUGAACGUACUGUUAAUUUAAACGUUUGUCAUAGAUUUACGGAAAAAUAAUAUUUAUAUGUUGCCGGAUUGACUAUAGCUAAAGGGUGAAUAAACACCUUGUCGGAAACUUAUUGAUGAAGUUUCUUUUAUCAUUGUUCUCCAAUCAGGAGCCUUGCGACAGGAGACAUUGUUUCUAUGUUGGAAAUCACUUGUAAAAUGUAAUAUUAAUGUCCCUGAUGUGACACAGGUUGCACGUCAGUCAACAUGAACCGAAUAAAUAAACAUGCAAUCAA